AUGGCGUGCUCCGUGCCCGCGUGGCUUGCUCAUUGCGUGGCAGUUGUGGGCAGUAUUGGCCGGUACGGCGAUGGCAGGCGCGCAGCGGCGGCGGUGGCAUCGCAGGCGCAAGAGGAGAAUGAAAUGGAGGUCGCUGACCGUGGCCUCGUCGUGCUCGACUGCCGCCACGGCCUCGUCCUCUUGAGAUAUCCCGUCUUGGACAGGGAUGAGCGCGCCGAGAGACUCAUCGUCUGGGACCCCGUCGGCCGCCUCCAGUGGGAGUUUCCACCUCCGGAUUUCGCCGCCAACAUCACCUACGACAACGCGGUGGUGCUCUGCGCCGCCGACCGCUGCGACCACCUCGACUGCCAUGGCCGCCCCUUCCUCGUGGCAUUCGUGGGCACCAACCCCUCGGUCGCCCAUGCCUCCGUCUUCUCUUCAGAGACUCGUGAGUGGAGCCCCGUUGCCUCUUGUAUCCCUCCUGCUGACCCUCUCUUCCAAGUCGACGUAGAUCAGCCCACAGCCCUUGUGGGAAAUGUAAUCUACUUCAAAUGCGACUCCACAAUUCUACGCUUCGAUUAUACCGCACCUGAACUAUCAAUCAUUCACGGGCCAGACAAGAGUUAUGUCCUCAUGAAAGCAGAGCAAGACAUGCUGCUGGGAUGCGCAACUAUGCAGGAAUCAGGGGGGCUUUGCCUUUGCCUGUGGUCGAGGGACGCUUCCCCCGACGGAUCUAUGGCAUGGAUGCAGCGCAGAGUCGUCAAGCUGGACGAGGAUAUCUCCCGUGUCUAUGGCAUCUCCGAUGUGAUUGGCUUUGCGGAUGGAGUCGGUGUCUUCUACCUGAAAGCACACCGUGGCAUCCUCACAAUUGACCUUAAGUCAGGCAGAGUCAAGAAUAUAUAUCGCAUCAGAGGUGUCAGUAUCAUUCCCUACAUGAGCUUCUACACUCCAGAUCAAGCUAGGGCUAUAACGCUGCCGUCCAUCAUGGCCUCCUCCUCUGAGGGGAAUGGUGAGGAGUGGGGCGGAUGGGAGGAAGUGGGCAACGGGGAGAAGGAGGGCCAACAACCGGAGGAGGAAGCUGCCCAGAAGCAUUUCGACAAUGGCUCCAAAGCAUUUGAGGAUGGGCACUUUGGCAGGGCUGUAGACUCCCUACGCAGCUCCCUCGAAAUCAGGGUGGUACAUCAUGGUAAACUUUCUCCAAAGUGUUGCGACACAUACUACAGAUAUGGAAGUGCUUUGCUGUGUAGAGCUCAAGCCUGGAGUCCAUCAAAUGAUCUGAAUGUUUCAAUCAUAGAGUAUUAUUCAGAUUUAGAUCUGGCAUGGAAAAUGUUGCAUUUUGCAAGGGUAAUACUUGAGAAGAGUCCUGGCAGUACUAGAGAGAAGGUUAAAAUCUUUGCUGCUCUUGCUGAAGUCUCUAUGCGAAGAGAAGACAGAGACUACUCAAUCAUUGCCUGCUCCAAAGCUUUGGGUAUCUUGGCGUAUUUGGUUGAUCAGCCUCACCAUCAGUAUAUUAUCAAGCUAAACACACAGAUAUGUUUUCCCUUCAAGUUCCCCAAGAAUGGAGAUGCAAAGGCCAUUUCAUUGUGCAGGUCCCGUAUACAGAACCUGAAGAGGACCAAUGUAGCUUUCUUGGCUGAUAAUGGUGAUGAUGCAUCUGCUACUGAAGUUGGCUUAGAAGGAUCCUCUCUAGCCAAGGAUAUACAGUUCUUUACUAACAUAUUAUUGACUGCCCUAGAGGAGAAGCUUGAAGACCUGGAGCAAGCAAGAUGAACCCCAGUCUCAGAGGCAAGUAGUGAGCAAAAUGUUGGCAAUGAUGUGGCAAGGGCUGUAUCUUCGACUUCUUCACAAUUUUCUGGAUCAAGCAAUACUACGUCAACAGCAGAACGUGAUAGCAGUACCA